GGACACCAACAAAAAAUUCAACCGCUUAUCUACCGAAAACGGACCAAUAGGAACGAGGCGCGUGACGGUCAGAUGAUUUACUACUCCGUACGUUCGUCCGAUAGAUAUAGUAAUACUUGUAUAGCUUUCGUUCCUUCGACCUCAGUGGUCGAUUCUCGUAAUACAUGGAACUUUGUGCUGUCUUGUUUCAAUAAUAUCAAUAUCCUUUUUCUAAUUAUAGAAAUCUCAUCGUUUGCUGCCAACCAACCUUUACGUAGUACUCUACAACUUCAAGUCUCGACACCAAGACGAGCUGGAUUUGAAGGCAGGAUACAAAGUGACAGUGAUAGAUACCUCCGACACAGAUUGGUGGAAAGGGAAAUGUUUGGGAAAAAUCGGCUUCUUUCCGUCAAAGUAUGUGUCUAAGUUGUCGCCUGGAGAAAAAGCUCUACAGGUCACUCAUAACUUGCAAGUAUCUGAUGGUGAGAACGGUCUGAUGUUACUAAGGGACCAGAUAGUAAUCCAAGUAGGAGAGGAAGUUGAUGGAAUGGUUAUGAUCAGAUCUGGUGACAACCGACAGGGUGUGUGCCCCAUAAAAUUUUUACAAGAGGUGUGACAAAAUAAUGAAACAAUCUGCUAUACACCAACCCCUUGCAACUGCCUCACGAGAAGAGAAAAUAGUACACAGACCACGCUGAAGAAAAUUUACUACCCUAGUCCCAGGAUUAUCCAGAACAACGUGUCCACCAAACAGAACAACAAGAAGAACAUCACUUCUGGAAACAUCCUUCAGCACUAUUACAAUAACUUUGGGAAGAAUAACAAAGACACCAACGUUUACAACAACGUGCUGAAUAGGAGAAGGAAUGAAUUGGCGUUUUUACAUGGAAAAGCUCCAUUCUCUUCAACAAAACGCCCUCUAUCAAUCAGACUGUCCACGCCAAAGCACGUCAUGAGCUUUCUCAGCAGACCCUUCAAAUCAGACUCUCAAAAACGACCAUUACUGUUACAGGGAUCCAACACGUACAAUCCGAAGCCAAGCUUUCAGAUCAUUCCUAACAAGAACGGGCUAAAGAUAUCUUCUAUUUAUACGAUUAGCGAAAAUGUAGAGAAAUUUAGUUUGUAUAGGAAGAAUCUGUAUAUCACUUCGAAUAGCAGACCUCUUUUUGUUAGGAUUUAAAACAGUAAGUUAUGAGAAUAUGACCCAUGUAUUUUUUUAUGAAACAAAGUUGAAUUGGUGAUACCUCAGUAGCAUACAAAUUUCGUACAUUAACAGUAGUAGGAAGGCCCACGAGAGGAUUUCGGUAUCGAGGCAGAUGAUGAUACCUUGCCUACUCUAUGCAUAAGCCCUUUAUCAAGGGCUGUGCGUUUAGGUAGCCGAUCAGAUUAGUAAAAACUCGAACAUUAAAAAUACUCUAGCGCGUCAGAUUAAUCUAAGGAGGAUUAAUUAAAUGCUGAAAAGUAAGUAUUCCAACAGUCUAAUGAUUUGCAAUGAGCGUGACGUAAGGGAGUGAGGACACUUGUAAGAAACGUCAAAUUGAUUUGUUUUUUAAUUUUGAAGGAAGGAAUAAUAUAAUCUGCCGAUUUCCUCCAGCUAAUGUAGCAUAAAUUGUCAAUAAAAUUAUUUUUUUCUUCCAUAAUUUGCCUGUCUCCCACUAUCUCGCACCGUCCCCACACUUUUCGUCCCCAUGACGCCAUUACAGCUGAUCGCAGAGGCGUUCGUGGAGUUAUAACAUACCUACAACGCUUAUCAAAAAGGUCUCCUCACUUAAGUACGCCACGGGUAUUACGUAUCUUGAAAAGAGACAUUUUGUCGUUUUUUUGACAAAACGUAGGUUUCUCUACAAGAUUUUAAUUUAGCACUAGUUGAUGGAUACUUGUUGUGAACUCGUUUUGUAGUUGUACGUGUUACCUAAACGUCAUGCUUCAGUUAUCAAUGUUUGGCUCUGUUGUGAUGUAACAUCUGUUUCAGAGAUGGCAUUAUUGGAUAUCUAAGCUGUAAGUUGUAUACUAUAGCUGGAAGGAAAAUGCAGUGCAUAGCUGUAUAGUGAGGAUUUGUAUGCUAAUAAUAUGUGUUGAUGAUAGUUCCAUUGGGAUCUUGUCCCAAAUACACUUAGUUGAAAUUUAAAGUUAGAAAUUACUUCCGUAUUCACUUUUUCUUAUUCAUUCUGAGAAUUACAUAUGCAAAUUUGCUGAAUUUCAAGACUGAAAGAGUUAAGAAAAGAAAAAAAAAACCCUGGUUGGUGGAGUAACAGGUAGGAAUGUUCAUGAAAGUAAAAAGGUUAUCACAUUAUUUUUUAUUUCCAGUCAUUUAAAUUUCAUAGAAAUUUAUUUUGCGAUGUCACUAGAAAAUACAAAGUAGUCACCUAGAUGUGAGGCACUGCGAAAAUGAUGUGUGAUGCGUCAUUUCUAAUUUUCCUGUGAUGUGGCUCAAUGAUUUCCCGUAAUGUUCCUCAAAGUUUUUGAAAACACAAGAGUGCAAAAUCGUAAUUUAUAACUUUUAACAUAACCUGUCUUCAAAAAAGGAUGUCAUAUAAAUAACCCGUCGGGCCAAGCUAAUAGAUAUACUUUAUUGGCAGCUUAUUCAGUAACGAUUUUCUCACAUAGCAAAUAUCACUGAUUUUAUACACAUGCAGACCAAUACACACAAUCAUCCAGAUGCGACCUUGCUACUUAACCAACCUUCUGUCUUUCACAUCUUCUCAGAGGUAAACACUACAGACUACUCGGCUUCACAAAGCAUAUACUUGCUUUUGCAACCAACAAUGCGUGUCGUUGGGUCAUUCCUACAUAGAUGGACGCUCACAGCGAUCAUAGUGAACAAUUGUGGAAUGAACUACAUGCGCCCUAAGGACUACCUAGUCUGUAAGAUGAUAUUUUGUCGGUUUUUUGUCGUUUUUUAUGUACAAACGCUAUAAAACGUCAAAAAACAACGAAAUGUCAUCUUGCAGACGUCAUAGUUUUUAGAGUGCAAAUAGUUCAUUCCACUUUUCCUCGCUAUGAUCGCUGUGAGCGUCCAUCUAUGGAGGAAUGACUCAACUACACGCAUUGUUAGUUGCAGAAAGCAAGUAUAUGUUUUGUGAAGCCUAGUAGUCCGAAGCUUUUAUCUCUGAGAAAAUGUGAAAAAAAGAAAGUUGAUUGAGUAGCAAGAUCGCAUCUAGAUGAUUAUGUGUACUUAUUGGUCUGCAUGUGUAUAAAAUCAGUGAUAUUUGCUAUAAGAGAAAAUUAUUACUGAAUAUGCUGCCAAUGAAGUAUCUAUUAGCUGUGACCGACGAGUUAUUUAUAUGUUGUCCUUUCUGAAGACAGGUUAUGCUCAAAGUUAUAAAUUACGAUUUUUUGUGUUUUCAAAAACUUUGAGGAGCAUUAAGCAAAAAUGUCACUGCACCCGCCAUUAAGCGACACCACAGAAAAAUUAGGAAUGACGCAUCACACGUCAAACAUUUUCGCAGUGCCUCACAUCUAGGCGCUGAUUUGUAUUUUCUAUUCACAUGGCAAAACAAAUUUCUAUAAAAUUUAAAUAACUGGAAAUAAAAAAUAAUGUAAUAUCAUUUUCACUUUCAUAGAUAUUCCUGACUGUAAUUACUAGAAUGAAUAAGAAAAACUGGAUGCGCAACUAAUUUCUAGCUUUGAAUCUCAAGUAAGUGUAUUUGAGACAAGAACAGAAUGAAAUUAUCAUCAACACAUAUUAUUAUCACACAAAUCCUCACUAUACACCUAUGGACUGCUGUUUCCUACCAGCUAUAGUAUAGAACUUACAGGUUAGACCUCCAAUAAUGCCAUCUCUGAAGCAUCAUGCCGUUUAGGCAACACGUACCACUACAAAUCAGUUCACAACAAUUGUCCAUCAGCUAGUGCUAAGUUAACAUAUUGUAGAAAAACUCGUUAUGUCAAAAAAACACCUACGUUAUGUCAAAAAACCGACCUACUGUCACUUUUCAAGAUACGUAAUACCCGUGGCGGUCAGGCAAGCUGAUAUUGGAGAUAACCAGAUUACGUUAACGUAAAGUGGAAGCCGGAAAUUUCAACAUCGUAGAAAAUGUUUUAAAAUGGAAAUGUAGUCAUGUGGUACCUCAUUUUAAAACGACUUAUAAGUACUGUACAAUCCUAAAUUAUUAAAUUAUCUAUCUUCCAAAAUGACGACCGUGCGAUCAAAGUUGAGCGUUUUUGUACGUUUAAUCGGUUCCAACUCAACAAAUCAGUAUCAAAACGCCCUCGUAUAACUGGAACUGUGUACCAGCGAAACAUCGCUUAGGCAGCCGAAAUUACGUGACUGUGCGUGAGCGAUUGAGGAGCUUCGAAUCCAUGUUCGAGAGCGUUCGGCGUCGAGAUGAUCUAGAUCUAGACCGCUUCCAUGAAAGUUCGCGACUCGGCCUGGAAGACGCUGGAUUAUUUCUCGGCUCGUCGAUAGGUGAAUAAAUAUAGGCAGAGAUGGCUGAAGGAGGACAGUCAACGGACAGAGUUCGAUGACCCAACAAGCGAUAGUCCAGUCGACAUGGUUAUAAAUUUGUCAUAAAUUAAUUGCAAGUGUAAUAAAUUAGUGUAAAUUAGACUGCGAACAGCAAAAACGGUGUUUUAUUUACAGUAUGGUAUAUCAAUAUUCUUCUUUUAGAAAAAUCUAAAAAAAAAGUAUUGGAAAUUCCAUUUUAAUAAUAACAGAGUUUUACAUUCAGGUCAAGAAAAUUCCUACAAAAAACAUUCAUAUUAUGGAUCAGGACGUCAUUCAAGAUGAAUUGUCUAUAAAAAUCUGACGCGCUGGAGUAUUUCGAAAUGGCGAUUUUUUCUGCGAUUUUAAGACGCUGUGAUUUUCCCCGUUUUCUACCCUUAAGUAUAGCUACCCCUCAUAAUGCAAAACAUCAGAUUGAUAUACUAUAUUACCACUAUAAAUUGUUUGACGCUGGAGUAUUUUCAUGUAAGUAAUUUUUGACAUUUUUGAAAAUCUGUAAAUGCUCUCCCCACCAGUGAAACAAUAUUUUUCUUUCUACGAUAUAAUCUUCCAAAUACAAUAGGUCCCUGCGACGCUCGACUAAAUACCGAUUUAGUAUCGUGGGCUCCCCUAUUAGCUACAGUUUUCCUAUCUUUUAACAUUUAACUUUUUAGAAGUAGAUUGUACCAUCAGCUAAUUUUUUUCAUAACCUAGGAACGACUUUUUUGAAGAUACAUAGUAACAUAACCCAAUGACGUAAUCUGGUUUCACACGAAUGUCGCUAAUACAUUUUCUAACAAAGUUUAAAAAAGGUUCAAAGCAUCGAUAUAGAAAAUCCUAGCCUAAAGUUGGUUUUCAUCUUUUCUAAUAUUAUUAUUCUGAUCAUUUCUUUAUUCUUAUAAAUUUUGUUUCGUUAAAGUCUGUCACGAAAGUAUUUAAGUCAAACGUUUGUGUGUUAACGGGGUAGCACCUUCCUCAUUUUUAGAAUAUUUUUGCACCAAAUUAGGAAUUGAUAGUGAAUCUUUUGAAAGAAUAAAAGUGCGAUCCUAGAAUUUAUUUCAAUCACACCUAACUCACAACUACAGGGUAUGUCAUCAAUUAUUAUUUUGAAGGCAGUUAGCAUUUAGAGUGGACGUUAGAGUAGCUGACAGUCUGUGAAGAACUAAAACUAAUUCUGUAACACUUGACUCAAGGUACAGAUCAGGGAUAUUGAUCGACAAACACACCGAAAACUUUAAAUACACUAGAAAGUAACUAUAAUACGUGGCAUAGCUCCAAAACAUAUUUAAUCGGGCAACAAUAUAUCCAAGAAAGCAACGUGUUGGAAGCGCUGAGGACCAAAAAAUGUUGCAAAAGGGUAUCCCAUAAAAUAUAGACUUAAAAGACUUAUAUAGGGAUAACGAAGCCGUAUGCCUCGAAGCCCAUGCAGCUUCCAAAAAAAAACAAGAUAAAUUUUUUGCUCCUGAAUAUUUUUUACUAAGAAUGAAAGGAUGUAGUACUCUGGUAUGUACCCUUGAACGUGGAACAGAAUAAACUAACCUCUCCACAGAAUCCUGGUUCAGUUAAUCAUGUUAGUAAAACGCAACAACCCAUUCUAAUGGUACAUAAAAAUUAAAUUUCGUUGAGUUUCAAAUAGUACUUAUCAGUUGUUAUAGGCUGUUUAUUAAUAUUUAGCAGAGCACAUAUAAAUAUUGUUGCAGAAAUUUGUAUUUUCUAGAGAUUGUUUUUGAAAAUAGAUUCUGAAAAUGCAGCAUAACUUGACUGAAGGGAAAACUAUAUAACAACUAUCGUUAUUCAUGAUGUUAGAAAUAUAUAAAACAUUCAUUACUAAGCACAUGUUUGUUCUCGUCUUGCCAUUAAUUUUUUUAUCGUACAAGUUCAUCUUUUAAAGUCACCGCUGAUUUUUUUACCAAAAUUUCAGUACGAAGCAUAGGACAUUCCAAAUUUCUUUAUGCUGCAUUUAAGUAUUAUGUGUAACAGAUAUAUGUUGUAUGCUUAUAGAAACAAUAACUAGUAGUAAGAUAAUUGACAAAUGUAAUAUCGAAGAAUAAGUUUAAUAUUUCGUUAUGCUAGAAGCUGGCUGUUAAGUUUAUCAUUAGUCUUUUAAUAAAAUUUUAAUAAUUUCUCCGCUCGUUAAAAAAUGUAUGAUAGAAAAAUCGGUUUGCUAUAAGAUUAGGCAAAAAAUCUGAUUAUACCUCAUACCUCGAAAAGAGAUACUACAGGGCGGGGAUAUAUAAUAAGAAGAAUAAGAGAACUGGCACAUAAGUAAUAUUACAUUUGUUAAUAUUUAUGCAAAAGUAUAUCGUCAGUCUGUAAUUUGUGUACCUUUCCCUCAAAAGACUGCUUUAUAAUUGCAUUGUGUGAACCUACAGUAAUUGCCUUAAACUAACUAUUUUCCAAUUGAUCUACUAUAACUUCCUUCAAUGCCUAUUUAAACGUUUAUAUUACAAAAUGACACAAUGCAAUUCUAACUGACAUAAAAGUGCACUCGACCAAAACCCUUCGUUAGACAUGGUUAGGAUAAUAUCAUAUCAAAGCUUUUGCGGACGGAGGUAUGUAUAUUAUUGAAUUCUGCAGAGAACUUUUCCACAACGAAGCAGAAGAAUGCACGCCCAAUUUGUUUCUAGUAUCUGUUGUAAACAAAUUAAUCACUUUAUGUUUUAUUCUUAAUAUGAAUUCCUUUUCUAAGGAGAUCUCGUAUGCUCAUAACAGAAACCCAAAAAUUUAUAAUGAUGCUUUUUUUAAUUUUGUUGAUAGAGUGUUUGUACCGCUAUACAUGAAUAUAGAAAGUUUAGUUUUUCGUCACACUUGCCAUUUUUGUUCUAAGCACUCCGUUUCUCCUCUUUCUGAAAAUGACUACACUGUGAAACAGGUUUCUGCAUAUCUACUCUAGUUACUGUGUAAAUGUAUCUUGUGUAAUAGGAGAAGGAAGCAUGUUAAACAACACUAGACAAUGGAGUACCUUGUAUCGUUACUUUUACAACGACAUACCAAACCGGGACAGGUUGAUCCAUCCUAAGGGAAACGUGAAUUCAAAAAAAUGUCAUAAGCUCACAUAACACCGAAUCACUUCUACACGUGGUAACAGUCUGAUGUUAUUUUUUAAAUACGAAACAUACCCGGUGUAAAAUAAACUGGAUUAAAAAUGAUUAUGCUUUAAAGUACCCAAUCGAAAUUUCUUAUCCAAACUCUUGGUAUAGGUUUUCCCUUGUUAGGUUAAAUAAUACUGAUGAAGGGACUUUUCUACUCGACUUGUUACUUGCUGUCCUAUUUAUUGCUGCUACAUUAAUCGUACUUACGUUGUUCUCUCAUAAAGCUAUUUUUGGAGAGAUGUUAAUAUAAUAUUCAGUAAAUUCAAUCACCACUAUCUCAGCUACUUAUUAUUUUCAACGUGGACAUUUAAAAGGUAGUAUAAAGUAUCUGUAAUCAUAAGACUCCACGGAAAAUAUACACAUAUCUCCUAUCUGCCAUUUUCAAAAGGCGACUUAUCUUCUCCUAUUACGUACGAUAAUGAAUGAUCGUGUAUGUACAUAAGCAAAAAUUUGUGUUUUAGAUAAACCACUGACAGCACAUUGUUGAAGUAUAUGUGAAAAUAAAAUCCUAUGUAUGUUUAAAA